AUGGAGCCGCCCCCAACCUUCGCCCUCCCGCCCGCCUCCUCCGUCGCCGCCCCCGCCGCCUCCCUCGCGGUCCCACCCCCAAUCCCCGCCCCCGCGACCGCGGUGGAGCACCCGCCCCUCCCGAGCGGUGCGGAGGUCGCCGCGGUGGUCGCCGCCACCCACAUCGGCACAAAACGGUGGCGCGCUUGGCAGCACGUCGUCCAGCUGCAGCCCGCCACCGCCUCGGUCCCGCCCGUCGUCCCGCUCGUCGCCCCGCCCGUCGCCCCGCCGCGUCGCUCCGGCCGCCCCGCCCGACGCCCCAACGCCCACCAGCAAGGGUCGUCGGAAGAUGGCGGCGCUUGA